AUGGGUGGCACUUGGUGCUGUGUUAAUAACCUCUGCUUCUGUUCUUUGUUCCAGGGGUUUGUGAAAGUUGUGAAAAAUAAGGCCUAUUUCAAGAGGUACCAAGUGAAAUUCAGGAGAAGGAGAGAGGGAAAGACAGACUAUUAUGCUCGUAAGCGUUUGGUGAUUCAAGAUAAAAACAAGUAUAACACCCCUAAAUACAGGAUGAUAGUGCGUGUCACCAACAGAGAUAUCAUCUGCCAGAUUGCAUAUGCCAGGAUUGAAGGCGACAUGAUUGUCUGUGCUGCUUAUGCUCAUGAGCUGCCAAAGUAUGGUGUGAAGGUUGGCCUGACCAAUUAUGCUGCAGCCUAUUGUACAGGCUUGCUGUUGGCACGGAGGCUUCUGAAUAAAUUUGGCCUUGAUAAGGUUUACGAAGGCCAAGUUGAAGUGACUGGUGAUGAAUACAAUGUGGAAAGUGUGGAUGGACAGCCUGGUGCCUUUACAUGCUACCUGGAUGCAGGGCUUGCAAGAACUACCACUGGAAACAAAGUAUUUGGGGCUCUAAAGGGUGCAGUGGAUGGUGGUCUAUCCAUUCCUCAUAGUACCAAGCGUUUCCCUGGCUAUGACUCGGAAAGCAAAGAAUUCAACGCAGAGGUUCAUCGUAAGCACAUCAUGGGCCAAAAUGUUGCAGAUUACAUGCGCUACCUGAUGGAGGAAGAUGAAGAUGCUUAUAAAAAACAGUUCUCCCAGUACAUAAAGAACAAUGUUACACCUGACGCGAUGGAAGAAAUGUAUAAAAAAGCCCACGCUGGUAUACGGGAGAAUCCAGUCCAUGAAAAGAAACCGAAGAGAGAGGUCAAGAAAAAGAGGUGGAACCGUCCUAAGAUGUCCCUUGCGCAAAAGAAAGAUCGCGUUGCUCAGAAGAAGGCAAGCUUCCUCAGGGCCCAGGAGCACGUGGCCGAUAGCUAAGAUGCCUUCCACAAUUUUCUAUUAAGACUUCAGGAAAAAAUAAAUUUAUUAAACAAGUUAA